GAGCACGUGAUUUGUCACAUGAUCAUACUUAUUAUACCGGAAGUGUCGACGGGUUUUAGUUAUUAAGAAGCAAUGAACCUCAUGUGUUUAAGACAGUCAACAUUAAUAAGACUAACGGUCUUUGUGUCGUUCUCAAUUUACUAUGCAUAUGCUGGUAAAAUGAAAAUAGUCGAGGAGCCAAAUACGUUUGGGUUAAACAAUCAUAUUCUCUCUCCAGGAAACAGACUGCAGCCCAAAGUUAACCCAUCUUCAGUUUCUGGUCCAGAGCAUCUUCAUUCGCUUGCGGGAAAGUGCUUCACUCUCAUAGAGUCAAUGUACAAAUAUGAAUUUUGUCCAUUUCACAACAUCACUCAGCAUGAACAGUCAUUUAGGUGGAAUGCCUACAAUGGGAUUCUGGGGAUUUGGCAGGAAUGGGAAAUAGCAAACAAUACUUUCACCGGAAUGUGGAUGAGAGAUGGAGACACAUGUGGAGUCAAAAACAGAGAGACAAAGGUGCUUUUGGUUUGUGGUGAAAGCAGCAAACUGACUCAAGUCUCAGAACCUAGCACCUGUUUGUACUCGCUCACUUUUGAGAGUCCACUCGUCUGCCAUCCACAUUCUCUCCUAGUCUACCCAACACUGACUGAAAAGCUACAGGAGGAAUGGGAUGAAGCAGAGCAGGCUCGUUAUGAGGGGCUGCUAACUGAGCAGGGCUACAACAAUCUCUUGAGGGACAUAUUUGAAGAAGCUAGUCUGUUAAAGAGCCAGAAGGUGAGGGUGAUCAAGCAGCCAGAGGUUGUAGCCAGUUCAGUUCCACCGAGCACAUUGCAAAAAUGUUACGAGGACCUACAAAAGCAGUCAGAAGAGAUUGCGAGACUGCGAGCGCUUCUUACUCAACACAACAUUCCUUUUGAUUCUAAAUCCAGUGAAGUCAAAACUACAGCGAGGGUGACACAUCCAAAAGGAGACACUGGACUCAAUGUGUUGUGAAAAAUAUUCAAGAAGUGAUCAGAGACAGUACUGGACAAUACUCCUGUCACUCAAAGAGGUACUUUGAGUGUAUUUGGUGUGAUAGUGUGGAAAAAAUGAACUGGAACAUUUUAUUGUUCUCCUCCAGGUACAUAUGAAGGUCAACAUCUUUGGGAAACAAGGAUGGUUUAAUGAAUGAAUUAUGGCAUUAAUUUAUUCCUAGAUCAGUUUAUGGAAAAUGUCAAUAAUCUAGACUUUGAAUGCUGUGAGCCAGAAGACAGGCGCACUCAUACAACAGCCCUUUCUGUCCUUUCUGGAGCUCCUGUCCUUGGUUGAAAAAAAACAACAACAGACAAAUAUGAUGGAGACAAGUUUAUGUAUAAAUUCCUACACAGGUCAAUUUAUGAAUUGCUGUUUAGAUGAACUGAAUUGUGGAUGUAUGUGUAAAAUCCAUUAUUUACAUUUAUUUUGCAAUAAACAUGAAACUGGAAUAUUUAUCCAAA